AUGGGAUCCCAAGCAAAGUCGAGCAUCCCCCUGGCGCAACCAGGCCGGGAAGACCAAUCGGAGAACAAUUCAAAGGAUGCAGCAGGGUCAGGUGGAAAAAAAUCAAGUCCUGUAAAUGGAGGCACAGGAUUUAUCAGUUUGAAAGGAUACGAUAUGCCCUCCACUUUGGAGGAGUUGUUGGAAAAAAAAGAAAUUCGUGUUUCCUCAGAACAGAACACACCAUUCAACAUAAACAGAAAUAUUAUUCUGUUUGUUUAUUUUGUGUUAAUUGUAUUAACCAAUCGUUUAUUUUUUGGAUGGCCAAACUUGUCAAAUUUAUUAUUUCGAGAUGAAGCUUAUAUUUGGAAAUGCACGAAAAAUUCACAAGGGUCUUAUGACAAGAUUGAUGACAAACGAUAUGUAUGUGAAGAUCAAGAUAAGGCUGUGCAGACAAUUUUCGUUUUUGGAUCUUCGGCCUAUUUUGCUUUUUCCUUUUUUAAUGGAAUUAUAGUGGAUUAUUUAGGAUCCAGAUUUAGUAUGCUUCUAGGACACAUUUUAAAUUUGGUUGGAUGGAUUCUACUACUUAUGUCUAAUGAACAUUUCGAUGCAUAUGUUAUUUCUGGUGUAUUUAUCGCUGCAAGUAUCGACUUGGCAUCCUUCUCAACGCUGAAUGCUUCAGGAUUAUACCCUGGAAAUGAAAAUUUAAUUGUUAAUAUUAUAUCUGGUGCUGGAUCUCUGUCUGCAGGAACGAUGACCAUAUUAGAUUUAAUAAUCACUGGACUGGACCUGAGCUUUAAAACCUUUAUGUUGUGGUAUAUGUGUAUCAGUGUAUUAUUUUUUUUCAUCCUAAGCAUUUUUAUGUUUCCAAAGAGUAGAUACUACAGACAGUACGAAUUCGAUAAUUAUUACAGCAGUCGAGAUAUAAGCAUGAAGGGUGCAGGGGAUAUGAGCAAACGAGUGAAGGAAGGUAGUACGACGAACCGUAGUGGAAGUGCUGUUAUGGAGUUGACGAAUGGAUCUGGCAAGGGGACGACAAAUGGAAUAGGUAAUCAUGUGACGGAGAAGGAUGUAGAGAUGAACGCACAGAAGAAAGACAUUGUAACUAACACCACCAAUAACAAGAGUACCGUAUCGAAUGAAAAUGUAAAUAAGAGCAUGUUUAAUAUGGCUAGUAUUAAAGAUCUAAUCAAAAUAUGUACCUGUGCGCACUUUUUAUGUCUCUGGAUUUAUGGGCCACUCAAUGCCAUUUACAACACAUUCUACUUCAGUGUCGUGGAGAACAUUCUCUCCAAAGACAAGAACGAUAUCCUAGGUUAUAUUCUCCCCUUUUCCUUCAUCCCCUGUAUUAUCAUGGGAAAUUUAUCAGACAAAUACGGAGUAAUGGUUAUGUUUUCCUACGAACUAUUUUUCGCCCUCUGUAUGUAUUUGUUUAGCUAUAUAAAAUCGAACUUUGCACAAUGGAUCUCCGUCAUCUCAAAUACUAUGUACUCUGCCUGUGCCAAUGGCCAACUAUGGACAUUCAUAUCCUUUACCUUUAGCUCCAAGUACCACUCUACGCUUAUUGGGUUGCUGAAUUUCGUGUGUGGAAUUGUUUCCUUCGUGCGCCUCCUUCUAUUCGAGUGGGCCAAAUAUACCAAGUACGAUUUUACUUAUAUCAAUUUGUUGAUAAUUGGGUUCAUCGUUAUUAACAUGGGCAUCACGGUGGCCAUCGUGUUUAUUAGGAGAAUCAAGGGAGAGAAGGUGCACUACGGAGAUGAAGAUACCGAGGUCGCCCAGUGA